AUGCAGGCUCCGAGCUCCCGGGCCGUGCACCUGAGCGAGUGGCAGAAGAACUACUUUGCGGUCACGUCCGGCACGUGCCCGGCGGCGCAGAAGGCGGAGGCCUACCGGGCACAGGUGCUGCGCGUCCAGUACGCAUGCGCCAGCUCCGAGCUCUCCCCGGUCUGCGCCUCCAGGCUGUUCAGAAAGUACGCAGAGAAGUACUCGGCCAUCGUCGAUUCUGACAACGCUGAAACCGGCUUGAAUAACUACGCAGAAAGCGUCUUAACUUUAGCGAGAUGCCAGCAGGCGGACAGUGGCCAGUGGCAGUCGGGCCUGUCGGUGAGCAGUGUUUUCCAGAUGCGCAGCGUGCAGGCGAUGAUGCGGGCGGGCGAGGAGCUCCGCGGCUCCCUGCUGGGCGCCGCUGACCCUUCGGCGGCGAUCCCCGGCCUGGCCGUGGCCCCCAAGCCUCCCACUGUUAGCGCUGGUGGUGGUUCUGGGGAGAGCGCCCCAUUGGCUACUCCAGCUCACGGGCCAGGCUGGGCCCCGGGCGUCCCAGAGAGCCGUCCCUCGGGCCCUCUGAGUGCCCAGCCCCCUGUGGCGAUUAACACCUCCAAGACGUGUGCCACGGUCUCCGCACCCUUUGGCGACUUGGCCACCCCGCUAUUUGGAAAUGUCAGGAAGGAAAACGGCAGCGCUCCCAAAGCCAGCCCGGGUCUGGGUCUGUUCUUGGCCCAGCAGCCUCUCGCCCCUCCCGGCAGUGACGGCCCCUGGGACAGGAGCGCGCUCUAUGGCGCUGGCCCUGCUGAAGCCCUUUCUGCCCCGGCCCUGAGCAGGGCCCUCAGGAAGACAGAGGGCAGCGGCCCCCGGGAGGAAGGUGGCCUUCGGGGCUUCAAAACCGCAAAGGAGCAGCUGUGGGUGGAGCAGCAGAAAAAGCACCACCCUGCUGCGCGGGCGGCGGCGUCCUCCUGUGGCGGUGUCAAGAAGAGCCUGGGAGCCAGUCGGUCCCGAGGGAUUUUUGGGAAGUUUGUCCCUCCCGUACCUAAGCCAGAGGGGGGAGACGCGAACGGGGGGGUGCAGUACAAGCCCGACAGUGCCGGGCCCGCAGAGCCAGCGCCCCCCGUGGACGAGCGUCUGAAGAGCUUGGAGCCCAAGAUGAUCGAGCUGAUCAUGAGUGAGAUCAUGGACCACGGGCCACCGGUGACCUGGGACGACAUCGCGGGGGUGGAGUUCGCCAAGGCCACCAUCAAGGAGAUCGUCGUGUGGCCCAUGCUGAGGCCCGACAUCUUCACGGGCCUGCGGGGCCCGCCCAGGGGGAUCCUGCUCUUCGGGCCCCCUGGGACCGGGAAAACCCUCAUCGGCAAGUGCAUCGCCAGCCAGUCCGGGGCCACCUUCUUCAGCAUCUCCGCCUCCUCCCUGACCUCCAAGUGGGUGGGUGAGGGCGAGAAGAUGGUCCGCGCGCUGUUCGCCGUGGCGCGGUGCCAGCAGCCCGCCGUGAUCUUCAUUGACGAGAUCGACUCCCUGUUGUCCCAGCGGGCGGACGGCGAGCACGAGUCCUCUCGGCGGAUCAAGACCGAAUUCCUGGUGCAGCUGGACGGAGCCACCACGUCUUCCGAAGAUCGCAUUCUAGUCGUGGGAGCGACCAACCGGCCUCAGGAGAUCGACGAGGCGGCCCGCAGGAGGCUGGUGAAGAGGCUCUACAUCCCGCUCCCCGAGGCGGCCGCCCGGAGGCAGAUAGUGAGGCGCCUGAUGUCGCGGGAGCAGUGCUGCCUCCGCCAGGAGGAGCUGGAGCUGGUGGUGCAGCGCUCGGAGGGGUUCUCGGGUGCCGACAUGACGCAGCUGUGCAGGGAGGCGGCCCUCGGCCCCAUCCGCAGCUUACAGGCCGCCGACCUCGCCACCAUAACGGCCGACCAGGUCCCGCCCAUCGCUUACGGGGACUUCGAGAAGGCGUUCAGCGCUGUGCGGCCCAGUGUGUCUCCCUCGGACUUGGAGCUUUACGAGAACUGGAACAGAGCCUUCGGCUGUGGGAAGUGA